GUCGCACAUCGAUGACGUUUACAUUUUCUGUUUACUGAGGAGCUGCCCCUUGCUUCGUUGAGGGAAUUUUUACAACCAGAAAAACGCACAUUUCUGCUCAACAUAUAGGCUGGGAUCUUGGAUGGAGUAAGUGUUGCGCCCCAGUGAGAUGACUGACCAGGGCAACAACAACCAGAACAUCUCCUGCAACCCCUUCGCUGCCCUCUUCAGCUCAUUAGCUGAUGCCAAACAGUUUGCAUCUGGACAGAAACCACAACAGCAGUCUGCACAACCAUCAUUGGAGGACUCAGGAGAAAGCCAGUCAGAGUCAGAAAACUCUGUGUCAGACAGCGUUGAUGACAAUGACGAUUCGGUUGCAGAGAUCAGCCGCUCGUUCCGGUCCCGGCAAGAACUGUGUGAACAGCUCAAUGUCAAUCACAUGAUCCAGAGAAUAUUUCUAAUCACUUUGGACAACAGUGACCCUGGUCUGAGAGGAGGUAAUGGGAUCCCUCCUCGAUGUGUUUACCUGGAGGAAAUGGCUGCAGAUCUGGAUGGACAGGAUUGGCUGGACAUGGACAACAUAGAGCAGGCUCUAUUUAACCGCCUGCUGCUAUUAGAGCCAGGAAACCAGCUCAUCUAUAUGACAUCAUGCAGUGCUGUGAACCUGUCUGCUGACCGUGAUGCUGGAGAGAAAUGUGCAAUUCCAUAUCUUUUUGCUUGUUAUCAAAGGGCUAAAGAAGAGGUGACAAAGGUGCCUGAGAAGUUGCUCUCAUUCGCUGUCCGCUGCAAGAACCUGACUGUGUCUAACACACGAACAGUUUUGCUCACUCCAGAGAUCUACAUCAGCCAGAAUGUUUAUGAACAGCUUUUGGACCUCCUGCUGGAAGGUUUCAGGGGAGCAAGGCCAGAGGAGGUGGUUGAAUUUGUGGAGGAGGUCAUCACUGGCCUGCUCUCUGACCAAGAGGUGCGUACCUUUGAGGAAGUGGUAGUUCCGGUGUUUGACAUCUUCCAGGGGCGCAUCAAAGAUCUGGACCUGUGCCAGCCUCUACUCUAUUCCUACCUGGAUGUUCUCCUCUAUUUCAGCCACCAUAAAGAUAUUGCCAAGGUUUUGGUGGAGCACAUACAGCCCAAAGAUCCAGCCAAUGGUUUGCAGUAUCAGAAGACACUUUUGGGGACUGUAAUUAAUAUAUCUUGCUUGCUGAAAACCCCAGGAGUGGUAGAGGGACAUGGAUACUUCUUGAAUCCCUCUCGGUCCAGUGCCCAGGAAACAAAGGUUCAGGAGGUCAACAUCCACCAGUUCAUGGGUCAGUUUCAUGACAAGCUGCACCAGAUCUUCAAAAACUUGCUGCAGCGAUCCAGUGAGACUCGUCACUUGCUGCUUACUUGGUUGGGAAACUGUCUGCAAGCAAACGCUGGUCGGGCCAAGAUCUGGGCCAAUCAGAUGCCAGAGAUAUUCUUCCAGAUGUACGCCUCGGAUGCAUUUUUCCUAAACCUGGGUGCAGUCCUGCUGAAGCUGUGCCAGCCAUUCUGCAAACCACGUUCACCCAAACUGCUCUCCUUCAACCCAACCUACUGUGGACUCAAAGAGUUGAGCGAAGAAGAAAGGCGCAAUCGCAACAUUCAUGCAAGAGGUCUUGACAAAGAAACCUGCCUGAUCCCUGUGCCCCCCCAGCAGCAAGUAGAGUCUACGCAGUCCUACAGCCUUCUGACUGAAAAUCUCAUCUUCACACAACUCACCAUGCAUCUCGGCUUCCACAGGCUCCACGAGCAGAUGGUCAAGAUGAACCAGUCUCUCCACCGGCUCCAGGUGACGUGGCAGGAGGCCCAGCGGUCAGGCAACCCCAUGUCCGAGCAGCUCCUGGAACAGUUUGAGCGUCUGAUGAUUGUUUAUUUGUCAACCAAAGCUGCCACCACUCAGCCCACCAUGCUGCAAUGCUGCCUUAACCUUCAAGCUUCCACUGCUGCUCUGCUCGUUCAGCUUAGUUUGGGAAACCAGGGGCCUGAACAUGUAGCACUCAGUUUCCCGCUGCCCCCUCUGCAGAAUACUCUGCUCUGCUAUGUACCAGAGUUCUUUGCAGAAAACUUGGGAGACUUUUUCAUCUUCCUGCGUCGGUUUACAGAUGACGUGUUGGAGUCUUCCGCAGAAAGUCUCGAGCAAAUUCUUAACUUCAUCACUGUCUUCAUGGGAAAUGUAGAGAGGAUGAAGAACCCUCAUUUGAGAGCCAAGUUAGCAGAGGUGUUGGAGGCAGUCAUGCCUCAUAUGGAGCCGCUGGCUGCUGGUGCUUCUCAGCCAGCCAUAUUCCAGAGGGAGCGAGUCUUCUGCUCCUACAGACAUGCAGCUCAGCUGGCCGAGGCCCUCAUCACUGUGUUUGUUGACAUUGAAUUCACAGGUGACCCUCAUCAGUUUGAACAGAAAUUCAACUACAGACGACCCAUGUAUCCGAUUCUGAAGUACAUGUGGAGCAAAGAAAGCUAUAGAGAGAGCAUUAAGCAUUUGGCCAGCUAUGCAUCGGAGAACCUGGAGGCCAUGAACCCACCUCUGUUUCUCAGGUUCCUCAACUUAUUGAUGAAUGAUGCCAUCUUUCUGUUGGAUGAGGCUAUUCAGUACCUGAGUAAAAUCAAGGUUUUACAGCUGGAGCGAGAUCGAGGGGAGUGGGAAGGCCUGGCCCCUGAUGCACGAAGAGAGAAGGAGUCAAGCCUGCAGAUGUUUGGACAGCUGGGACGCUUCCACAACAUCAUGUCUAAUGAGACAAUCGGCACACUGGCCUUCCUCACCUCAGAGAUCAAGGGUAUCUUUGUGCACCCCUUCCUGGCUGAGAGGAUCAUCUCCAUGCUGAACGACUUCCUGCAGCACUUGGUGGGUCCUAAGAUGGGUGCCCUCAAAGUCAAAGACUUCAGUGAAUUUGACUUCAAGCCACAGCAACUUGUUUCUGACAUCUGCACAAUCUACCUGAACCUGGGUGACGAGGAGAAUUUCUGUGCUACAGUCCCAAAGGAUGGAAGGUCUUAUUCCCCUACCCUUUUCUCCCAGACACUUCGAGUAUUAAAGAAGAUUAACAAGCCUGGUGACAUGAUUGUGGCAUUUGAUCUCCUUGCAGAUAAAAUAAAGUCGCAUGCAGACAGGCAGCAGCAGGAGGAGGAGACGUAUGCAGAUGCUCCAGAUGAGUUCUUGGACCCCAUCAUGUCCACUGUCAUGAUGGAUCCUGUUCUUCUCCCCUCUUCCAAUGUCACAGUAGACCGCUCAACCAUAGCUAGACAUCUGCUCAGUGACCAGACAGACCCUUUCAACCGCAGUCCUCUAACCAUGGACCAGAUCAGGCCAAACGAGGAACUCAAACAGCAGAUCUUACAGUGGUUGGAAAAGCAUAAGCAGGACAGGCUGCAGCUGGGGCCCAGUGGAUAAUCAACCUCUCGCUGGGACACAAAAGACUCUUAACACAUCUUUUCCUGGCCUACAUGCUCCUCUGCUUCAUGGCGAAUCCAUGGUGUGCUUACCUAUAUGGAUUUGUUCUGGCUUUUUCAUCCAGGCUAAGAUUGCAUUAGCCUUUUCAUGCAUUCGUCAUGCCUGAUGGAUCUUCUCUGCGGCAACAGUUCGGGAAAACUGUAGCGUACCUGCUGGUUGCAACUUCAAAACCAAUACACAGUAGCUCUUAUGCUCCCACAGUGCUCUGUUGUAAACACUAGCAGGAUGAUGCAGCUUCUGCUGUUCUUACAAUCAACUGUGGCCACAAGUAUCAAUUCACUAUGAACUCCUGGCUUAACAGCUGGCUCUUACCCAAUUUUAUAAUGUAAGGUAAGUAUUUUUGGGAACUCAAAUGUCUGGAAAUUGGUGUUUUUUUUUCUAAUUUAAGCCUGAUUUUUACCCCUGUAAAAAUGCAUCAUACACUGCCUUUCAAAGUUAUAUCACACCCUAUAACGUUUGCGCUCUUGGUUCAAACUUUAAUAACAUGCUAAUUGUGAAUAUAGGUAGCAAUUAAAGGUGAAGCUUAGGUAAAAACUGAGUUUGUGUGGCUUUUAUUUGAUUUAAACUUAUGUGGAGGCACUCAGCACAUUCACUUUUCAGGAUAGAAGCACUUUCUGAUGAAGGUUGUUUGAUGAAAUGAUUUCAAAUGGGUUUGAAUGCAUAUAGAGGACACAGGAAGUAAGAAAAAGUUUAUUUAUUUGUUACUUCGAUGGAAUUGUGUAUUGAAACUGCAGGUAGUCCAGAUACUUUAUCUUGGUGAAACAAAAUGUGAAUGUCAGAGCUACUAACAGCAAUAUUAAAUAAAUACCAACUGACAGUGGUGUCAUGCCCCUAGGGCACAUCUUAUUCAAAACAGCCUAAAUAAUUGCAUGAAAGUGUUCAAUCCUUUUCACAAAAAUUGAAUAUGGCUCACUUUUUAUGUAGUUUUCUUCAAAGCUGCAGAGGACACUUGCUUUCAAGAGCAAGAGCAACACGAUGACCUUCAUGUGUAAAAUACUAAGAGAGCCUUUUCAAGAGACAGUGAUGGUGUGAAGUGAGAAGCCGCUCUUCACAUAAAAAGGAAAGAAGAUACUAUCAAAGCACAGUGUUUCUCUUUAUCAAAAGACAUGCAGAUAAUUCUGACAUUGCUGUAGGUUCUGGAUCCCUUAUUGUAAUAGAAACAGAGAAGUUGCAAGUUAUCUGUUUGAGUAAUGCAAUCAAAUUAGGGUCUUUAAAAUGAUCUUUAAAAGUCAUGUUUUUAGAGAUGAAACCUUACAAGGCAAAGAUAUAGGGUUCGGUCAUUUGACUGGCAGUGCAUGUCAUUUAAUGCCACUCUUUAUUUUAACGCUCACCUCAUAACUGUUCCAUUUUAAACUGAAUAUCUUUUUGUGUGCAGAUGUAGUGCGUUAACAAGCGAGAAAACAGCUGAUCAGUAGAACCUGUGCCUAAAACCAAAGGCCUUGUAGUGAAUGCCAGCAAAAGAGGACGUUUCACACUCUUAACACACGAUUAUUAGUUUUCUUUGAAGAAUAUAUGGAGGUUUGGUGUAGAGAGUUGUAAAAGAAAGGCAAACGAAGAUGAGUUUUUGUUGAAUAGUGUCUUGACUUAAAGCGCAUAAUUAAAGUAGAAGUGAGGGGAAGAUUUGUUGGCAUGCUGUCAUACUGUGUUGAAUAUCUACCACCUUAAUGAAUACAUGGUUUAAAUUACAAUGCAAUAUUUUUGUUUUAAUUGUGAUUAUAAAAUGUUUAUUUUGGAUGUACAGUAUGAUUAAUAAACUCAAAUAUGUCAUA